UCAAUGUAACAUCGGAAGUAGUUGCACACCGCUGCACAACAACUCAAAGCUACACCUAGCAGGCUAUAUACUAUACAUAUAUACUGUUAUCCAUAUUGAUAGUCGCGUCUGGUUAAGGAGAAGGGGACGGAUAUUUAGAGUUGUUUUAGGGAUUUAAGAGAACCCGGAAGUAAGUUCCUGUGCUUUAUUUAUUUUAUUUUUAACCAAAUCCCAAGAAUAUAUUUGAGAUGGGGUUAGAUAACUGUCCUUUAGCUCGCUAGCUCUGUUUUCUGUUUCAUAAAAGUCUCUAUGAAUAUUUGGUGAUUAACAAUGCUGGCCCCUCCGCUCCCCGUCACCAUGCCUGCUCUGUUAGAGAGACCGAAACUGUCCAACGCCAUGGCCAGAGCCUUACACAAACACAUCAUGAGGGAGAGAGAGCGCAAGAGACAAGAAGAGGAAGAAGUGGACAAAAUGAUGGAGCAGAAGAUGAAAGAGGAAGAAGAGAGAAAAAGGACAAAAGAGAUGGAGGAAAGAAUGUCACUGGAGGAAACAAAAGAGCAGGUGCAGAAGAUGGGGGAGAAACUGCAGGGUUUGCAGGAGGAGAAACACCAGCUCUUCCUGCAACUUAAAAAAGUCCUUCACGAAGAGGAGAAGCGACGGAGGAAGGAGCAAAGUGAUAUUACGACACUGACUUCAGCCAGUUAUCAAUCCAGUAUUCCUCUGCACUGCACAGGACAGCACCUGCUCAGCUUGCAAGGCAGUCCUGUGAGUCACAGUAGACCUGGAGGUUUGUUGGCAGAACGUGGUAAACAGUUGUUUCAGACACCUGGUAUCCCUGGCCGUCACUUCCCUGGUCAGCCUACUUUCACUUCAGGCUCUACUGAGCAUGCUCAGUUUUCAGCCAGCCCUGCAGUUCAUGAGGCGUACACAGUCACCCAGACUCAGCACCCCUCCACCUAUGGCCCAGCUGCAUCGGUCCCCAUCAGCUUCUCAGGAACGCAGAUUAGGGCUGGUGCUUCAGCUUUCCAGACCAUGCCCUACCUGCCCCAUCAGCCACAGGGUUAUGCUGUCCACAGCCACUUUGCUUCCCAGCCAGGAUUCCUCCCCAGUGCCAGUAUACCCCUUCAGAAGCAACUGGAACAUGCCAAUCAGCAGUCUGGCUUCACUGACUCGGGUGCACUGAGGCCCAUGCAUGCACAGGCUCUACAUGUAAGUGCUGCAGGACUGCUGCCUACACCUUCACUGGCUGUUCAAAUUCCCACUGCAAAGGCCCCAUUUCAGAGCUCUCCUCAGCCAGCUCCCCGUCAUGCUUUCCUCUCCCACCCACAAGCUGGACAGAGAUUCUAUCACCAUAGCAAGUAACCAAAAGCAGACCACAUAAAAAAAAAUUCUCAACAUGUGGCCAGUAACCAUAAUGACCAUAACACUGGGUUAGAAAGGGUCAAAUAAUGUUUAUACCUCUGUACAGGUCUGAUUUGGAUGGUCUGGAAAAUGUACAUACACUUUUCAUGUAGAUAUUUUGUGGCUUCUCUUAAACGCAUUAUGUGGGUGAAAGGUUUCAUCUAGAAGCAUUACUCACUAGUUUUUUCUGUUGUCAAAAGUGAUUAGACAUCAUAGAUUUAAGACAUUUGUUCAAAUAUGAUUUGAAUUGUCCAGAUAGCUUUUUGUUCAGACUGAAUAAAAAUACAUUUUUGUGUGUGA